CCGCGAGGGAGGGAAGGGGCGGGCGCGCGGGAGCCGCCGGGAAGGAGCCCGCCUCGCGCGCGGCAUGCUGGGAGUUGUGGUCUCCAGGGCAACGCGGCGGCCACGCGGCGGCAUCAUGGCGCAGCUCACGGCGCGGUUCCGCACCGAGAACCCCAGGUACGCCGUGCAGGAUGUGCCCUUCUCGGUGCCCGCGGCCUCCGAGACCGCCGAUCUCAGCCAGCUCAUCAACAAGCUGCUGGCGGCCGGGAACGCGGAUCACAAGUAUGUGGAAUUCGACUUCCUUAUCAAUGGCCAGUUCUUGCGUGUGCCGCUGGUCACGCACAUGGAAAUGGAAAAUAUCUCCACAGAAGAAGUGGUGGAAAUAGAGUAUGUGGAGAAAUACAUGGCCCCGCAGCCGGAGGAAUGCAUCUUCCAUGAUGACUGGAUCAGUUCUGUUCAAGGCACCGAGGAAUGGAUAUUAACUGGCUGCUAUGAUCAGACUGCUCGAAUCUGGUCUUUGGAAGGAAGAUCCAUCAUGACAAUAGCUGGGCAUACAGAAGUAGUGAAGGAUGUGGCGUGGGUGAAGAAAGAUAGUUUAUCGUGCCUGUUGCUCAGUGCUUCUAUGGACCAAACGGUUCUGCUAUGGGAGUGGAACGUGGAGAAAAACAAAGUGAAAGCCCUUCACUGCUGCAGGGGACACGCGGGGAGUGUCGACUCCAUAGCUGUGGAUUGCACGAGAACCAAAUUCUGCAGUGGAUCCUGGGAUAAGAUGUUAAAGAUCUGGUCUGCAGUACCUACAGAUGAAGAGGAUGAAAUGGAAGAAGGAGCUAACAGACCACGGAAGAAGCAGAAAACUGAACAGCUGGGACUAACAAGGACCCCCCUGGCAACCCUCUCUGGCCACACAGAAGCCGUCUCCUCUGUGCUGUGGUCAGAUGCUGAAGAAAUUUGCAGCGCAUCGUGGGACCACACCAUUAAACUCUGGGACGCUGAGACUGGAGAUCUCAAAUCGACUCUGACAGGAAACAAAGUGUUUAAUUCCGUGUCCUACUCACCGCUGUGUCGACGCCUUGCGUCUGGGAGCACCGAUAGACAUAUUAGACUGUGGGAUCCUCGCAGCAAAGAUGGCUCCUUGGUUCUCCUGUCCCUGACAUCUCACACGGGCUGGGUGACGUCUGUGAAGUGGUCGCCUACCCAUGAGUAUCAGCUGCUCUCUGGUUCUCUGGACAACAUUGUGAAGCUCUGGGACACAAGGAGCUGCAAAGCUCCUCUGUACGACCUGGCUGCUCACGAAGACAAGGUUUUGUGCGUGGACUGGACAGACACAGGGUUGCUACUGAGUGGAGGCGCAGACAACAAACUGUAUUGCUACAGAUACCCAGCUACAGCCUCUGAUGUUGGAGCAUGAAAAUCAACAGCCAGGGAACGUAAAUAGAAAGAUUUUUGCAGCAGUCACUCAGUGUUAGCAUCCUCCACAACCAGCUUCUGAAGAAAAGAGUUUCUGUUGCUCUGAGAGCUGUUGUUCCUGUUUUAUUGAUCAGCUGUACCCAUACUAGUCACAGUAUAAUGGCAACAAGCAGUUACAAAUGUGAUCAGUGUGAAACAAAGCAAAGGGCAUUUCCUCCCUUUUUGACGGCUUCAAAUUAACAUCUUUUAAAGGACUAUUUGUGUAGCCCUUUCAGUAAGGAGUAAACUAUUCCUGAUACUUAGAGAAAAAAAUACUCACUGGACUAAAUUAUUUUUUAAGUUUACCUGCUUUCCCUUGAAAAAAAAAAUAAAGCUUUUAUCUACA